CCUAGUAACAGCUCAAACAACCUGAUGUGAGGGGAACUAGCGCUGUGGAUUUGGAGCAAUACAUUUUAGUUUUAACCUGUUUUACCUUUAAAUACUGAGAGAAUAAUGUCCACCAUGAAUAGAGAUUUAGACGAGGACGCGCUGCAGGAGCUGUACGCCUGGAUAGACCAAAUAAACCUCUCCAGACCCAAAAGAAACAUAGCGCGAGACUUCAGUGAUGGAGUUAUGAUUGCUGAAGUUGUGAAGCACUUCUACCCCAAACUGGUAGAUCUACACAACUACACCCCCGCACACUCCACUCAGCAGAAACUGAGCAACUGGAACACUCUUAACAGGAAGGUUUUCUCCAAACUGAAUUUCCAUAUACCAGAAGACACAGUGAAGAAGAUAACUCUGAGCACUGCAGGCACUAUUGAGCCAGUUUUGUGUGCACUCAGAAUAAGACUAGAGGACAAGCAAACAGGAAAAAAUCUGGAAGGCACUCAGGAACCAGUAGAAUACUACAGUACUGUAAAUGAAAAGGCACAGUCAGGAAACCGGCAAGUUAUUGUCACUACUGACAUUUCUAACAAGACAACAGCCCCUGUGAAAAAAACACAAAAAUCCAGCCCUCUCCCAGUAGCGGGACAAGACGUGGAUCCAGCAUUUCGCUUACUUUUGGAGGAGAAGGAACAAGCUCUGUUGGCUUUGCAGGAGACUGUAGAGAUACUGCAGAUAAAGGUGAACAGGUUGGAGCAUCUGGUCCAUCUAAAGGACCUGCGCAUCGAGGACCUGACAAAACACUUGGAGCGCUACAAAUCACGCCACAACAACAUCCCAUGAUUCUGUUCAGGGAAUUCAUGAUUCAGGGACACAGCACUAUAACAUUUCACCAUGGCACAAAAACUCUGAGGAAAUAAAACAUGUUUUGUAUAUGUAUUUAAAA